UCAAAUUUAACCAACACUUUCGCGCUCUCUUUUGGAAAACAAAUGCUGAAAUUAUUUUUCCUACAAAUCGCAAGCAAGCGCAGCCUUCGAAACAUAGAAAAGUCCUUACUCUCGCAGUCCCUAAACCACCUAACCAUGUCCCGACCCCAAGCCUCGGUCAAUCAUCCCACCGACCUGAGUCGUCCUUCGGUCGAGGUAGGAAGCUCCAGGAUCGUGUAUCCAGAAGCACGGAAGGAUGGCAAAAUGGAGGAAAUGCUACAUGAGUACAGAAUCAAAGACGUCUACCGUUGGCUCGAGGAUCCGGACUCGGAGGAAACCAAAAGCUUUGUGGAUGCCCAGAACAGUAUUAGCCAGCCGUUCCUCGAAAGAAGUGAGGAGUGGGAGAGCUUCAAUGCCAAGCUGACGAAGAUCUGGAAUUUCCCCAAGUACGGAUGCCCCUCGCAUCACGGUGACUACUAUUACUACUUCAAGAACACUGGCCUCCAGAAUCAGAGUGUCCUGAUGCAGCAGACCACUUUGGAGGCCCCCGAGGUGGUGUUCCUGGACCCCAACAGCUUGUCCGCCGAUGGAACCACAGCUUUGAGCCAAAAAACAUUUUCGGAAGAUGGAGCCUACAUGGCCUAUGGCUUGAGUGAUAGCGGGUCGGAUUGGAAUAAGAUCCGUAUUCGAAAGGCUAAGGAGCGAACUGAUUUCCCUGAGACCCUGGAAAAGGUGAAGUUCUCGAACGUCUCCUGGACGAAAGACAACAAGGGCUUUUUCUAUGGUCGAUACUCCGAUCAAGACGGAAAAACGGAUGGCUCGGAGACAAAGCAGAACGAGAACCAAAAGCUGUAUUACCAUCGAGUUGGAGAGAGCCAAGCUCAAGAUACUUUAAUAGCUGAGUUCCCAGAACAUCCGUCUUGGCGCUUCCAAACCGAUGUUUCGGACUGUGGAAACUAUCUGAUACUGUCCAUCAGUCACACUGUCCGAGAUAAUAUGCUGUACUAUGCUGACCUGAAGCCGGAAGAGCCUAUCACUGGCAAGCUGGAGGUUAAGCCCAUUGUGGAUAAGUUCGAGGCCGACUACGACUACAUAACCAACGAGGGAUCCAGGAUGUACUUCCACACAAACAAAGAUGCUCCCAACUACCGCGUGGUUGUGAUUGACUUCACCAAUCCCGGCGAGGAUCAAUGGACCACCUUGUUAGCCGAACACGAGAAGGACGUUCUGGAAUGGGCCAAGUGCGUCAACGAGGACAAGCUCAUGGUUUGCUAUAACAGUGAUGUCAAGCACAUUCUGCAGGCCCGUGAGCUGCACACCGGCAAUCUCAUCCGGCAAUUUGGCCUGGAUAUUGGGUCCGUUAAUGGGAUUUCAGGAAAGAGGAAGUACUCAGAGAUCUUCUACGGCUUCUCAUCGUUCCUAACGCCUGGCACCAUUUUCCACUAUGACUUUGCCAAGCCCGUUGAAAAGCCGAAAGUUCUUCGGGAAAUUAGUCUGAACUUGGAGGGCUUCAACCGCGAGGACUACAGCGUGGAGCAGGUGUUCUAUAAGAGCGCCGAUGACACCAGGAUCCCCAUGUUCAUCAUCCAAAGAAGGAGGGAUGCAGUGGUGCCCCGACCUUGUCUACUGUAUGGAUACGGAGGAUUUAACCACAGCCUGAUGCCGUCCUUCGGCAUAACCAGUCUGAUGUUCAUGGACACCUUCGACGGAGUCCUGGCCUUUCCCAAUCUAAGGGGAGGCGGGGAAUACGGCAUAGAGUGGCACAAUGGAGGUAGAUUGUUUAACAAACAGAAUGUUUUCAACGACUUCCAAGCUGCCGCAGAGUACCUGACCCAGAAUAACUACACCACCAAGGACCGGCUGGCCAUACAGGGCGCCUCCAAUGGUGGCCUGCUGGUGGGUGCCUGCAUCAACCAGCGUCCGGAUCUUUUCGGAGCAGCCGUUGCCCAAGUUGGAGUUAUGGACAUGCUGCGCUUCCACAAGUUCACCAUUGGGCAUGCAUGGUGCUCCGACUACGGCAAUCCCAAUGAGAAGGAGCACUUUGCCAACCUCUUCAAGUACUCGCCACUGCACAACGUUCACAUUCCCCUGAACCCAAAUCAGGAGUAUCCCUCGACCUUGAUCCUGACUGCCGAUCACGAUGACCGAGUAAGUCCCCUGCACUCUCUGAAAUUCGCCGCCGCUCUCCAGGAAGCCGUGCGGUACUCGGAAUAUCAGCUCAAUCCCAUUCUUCUGAGGGUCUACACCAAGGCAGGCCAUGGAGCCGGAAAACCAACCAAGAUGCGCAUCAAUGAGGCUACGGACAUCAUCACCUUUUACAAGAAGACCCUCAAUGUCGACAAAGUCAAUCUGUGAGCAAGGUAUUGGCCUUGAACUUUCUGGUGAUGAACUGAAAACCUUUCUUAAGAUUAACUUUAACUUUAAUAGCGGAAUAAGGUAGCAAUCUCUAAGUUAACUCAUUUCGAUAAGGUUCAAUUGGGAUUAGGGAUUGCUUUCUUACACAAUGAUUAUGUUAUUAGUUUUCUAACAGCCUAACAAUGAUUCCAACCCAAGGGGACUAAAACUGCAA